AUGCGCAACUCCGUCGUCCUCAUGGUAGUCGCCGCGGCUGCCGCCACUGUCGCAUCCCCCAUCGUCAUCCCCACGGCUACCACCCACACCUCCGUCACCACCACCCCUGCCGUCUUCCCUGAUGGUUUCACCAUCUCCGUCCCCGAAGAAGAAAAGGUAAACACCACCGCGAUCAACAAAGUCGCCACCGCCGUCAUCAUUAGCAGCGUGGCCAAAGAGGUGGCUGAGAGGAAGCAGCAGGAGGCUGAAGACCUCGGUCCUUACUACAGCGAGGGUACUACCGACAAGGACGAUGGGGAGGAUGAAGAGACUAGAGCGUGGAGAGAGUAUUGGGACAUGAUGGAGGACGCAGAGUGGAACAGGCCGGCUGACAAGAGAGAUGGUGCGAGGAAGCAUGGCGUUGUCUGCACCGUCUUGUAG